UUGGCUUUGGUUGGUCGGCGCUUGCGUCUGCGGGAAGAUGGCGGCGACAACCACGGCGCCAGCGGUUGUGGCCGGGUCCACCAGUGCGGAUUUCUCCGACCUGCGCGGGAUCAAGAAGCAGCUGCUGGACGUGGCGGAGCGGAGCCGGGAGCGCGGCCUGCAGCACAGCGGGAAGUGGGCCUCAGAGCUGGCUUUUGCCCUGGACCCUCUGCCCUUUAAUGAGCUGCCUCCUGCACCUGAACUCACAGAGGAAGAUGCUUGUGACUUGGAUGCUUACACCCUUGCUAAAUCUUACUUUGAUCUGAAAGAGUAUGACAGGGCUGCUUACUUCCUCCGGGGCUGCAAGAGCCAGAAGGCCUAUUUCCUAUAUAUGUACUCCAGGUACCUGUCAGGUGAAAAAAAGAAGGAUGAUGAGACAGUGGAUAGUCUGGGUCCGUUGGAAAAGGGGCAGGUGAAGAAUGAAGUUCUAAGAGAGCUACGGGUAGAGCUUAGCAAGAAACGCAAAGCCAGAGAGCUGGAUGGAUUUGGCCUUUAUCUGUAUGGAGUUGUGUUGCGAAAGCUGGACCUGGUGAAAGAGGCCAUUGAUGUAUUUGUUGAAGCUACCCAUGUUUUACCAUUGCACUGGGGGGCCUGGCUGGAGCUUUGUAACUUGAUCACAGACAAAGAAAUGCUGAAGUUCCUGUCCUUGCCAGAUACCUGGAUAAAGGAGUUCUUCCUGGCACACAUCUACACAGAGCUACAGCUGAUAGAUGAGGCCUUACAGAAGUACCAGAGUCUUAUUGAUGCAGGAUUUUCAAAGAGCACCUACAUUAUCUCUCAGAUUGCAGUGGCCUAUCACAAUAUCAGAGAUAUUGAUAAAGCUUUGUCCAUCUUCAAUGAACUAAGAAAACAAGACCCUUACAGGAUAGAAAAUAUGGACACCUUCUCUAAUCUGCUCUAUGUCAGGAGUAUGAAGCCUGAACUGAGCUAUUUGGCCCACAACCUAUGUGAGAUUGACAAGUACCGUGUUGAGACCUGCUGUGUGAUUGGGAACUACUAUAGUUUGCGCUCACAGCAUGAAAAAGCAGCUCUCUACUUCCAGAGAGCGUUGAAGCUGAAUCCUCGAUACCUUGGAGCAUGGACCCUCAUGGGACACGAAUAUAUGGAAAUGAAAAACACAUCAGCAGCUAUUCAGGCAUAUAGACAUGCCAUAGAAGUGAAUAAAAGAGACUACAGAGCAUGGUACGGAUUGGGGCAAACAUAUGAGAUCCUCAAGAUGCCCUUUUACUGUCUCUAUUACUAUCGGCGGGCCCAUCAACUCAGGCCCAAUGAUUCCCGUAUGCUGGUGGCUCUUGGAGAAUGUUACGAGAAAUUGAAUCAGCUAGUGGAAGCCAAAAAGUGUUAUUGGAGAGCCUAUGCUGUUGGAGAUGUGGAAAAAAUGGCACUGGUGAAACUAGCAAAGCUUCAUGAACAGUUGAAUGAAUCGGAGCAAGCUGCUCAGUGCUAUAUCAAAUACAUACAAGAUAUCUAUUCUUGUGGGGAGAUAGUGGAGCACCUGGAAGUAAGCACUGCCUUCCGCUACCUGGCUCAAUAUUAUUUCAAGUGUAAACUCUGGGAUGAAGCCUCAGCCUGUGCACAGAAAUGCUGUGCAUUCAAUGACACAAGAGAAGAAGGGAAGGCCCUCUUGCGGCAAAUCUUACAGUUACGAAAUCAAGGGGAGACCUCGUCCACAGAGAUUGCCACACCUUUCUUGCUUCCGUCUUCACUAUCUGCCAAUAACACUCCAACACGCCGUGUGUCACCCCUGAACUUGUCCAAUAUUACACCUUAAAGUGUGCCGGCCUCUCUGGGCUGAUGUGAACUGCAAAUGUAAUCCAGCUGGAGCCUGGGUUUUUCCUUCUAAUACUGCCUCUCUAAGGAGAGUUCUGUAUCCAGUGAUGCCUUCCUAGAAGGGCUGAUAUUU